UCAGAUUUGCGGGCCACACGCGACUCGAGCGCCUGCAUCUACAAAACUGUGCUCAAGCGACACUGUAGUUCGCCAUGGUCCCCGACGCUGAUGCCGGGAUGAGGCAAGAAGAUGCAGCCAGGGCCAGGAAUAUGGCGGCGUGCGUGGUUGCUCGGACGGAGCAUUGCCGCAUGGGUACACUGACACUCUACCUUGCACGCACAGUGAGGCAUGCUCGAGCGGCCUCUAGGUAAUUUGACCUCGUUAAUUACGAGACGAGCGGGGCAGCCUAUUUAUACACACGCUGCGCCUCUGCUGAUCUGCUCCGGGGUCCCCCGAUCUGGGAAGGCAUCUUUGUUGUCGCGCGGCGCGGCGGCCAUGAACAUGAAGCCGCCGCCGCACGGGCACGGCGCGUCGACCCUGUUGGCGCUGCUCUCCCUCUCGCUGCUCCUGCUGCGCCUGCUCCUCCGCCUCCGCUUCGCCGCCUUCCGCGACGCCGCGCUCUCGCUCCACCUCCUGGCCCGGGUCCGCCUCCGCCCCGUCCUGCUCCGCCUCCCCGGCGCCACCACGCUCCGCGUCUGGUGCCCGGCCUCGCCGUCCCGCAAGCCGCCGCUGCUCCUGCUGCACGGCUUCGGCGGGGACGCCAAGUGGACGUGGGCGCGCAAUCUCCCGCGCCUGUCGCGCCACUUCCACGUCUACGCCCCGGACCUCGUCUUCUUCGGCGCGCACUCCCGCUCCGCCUCGCCGCUCCGCUCCGUGGCGUUCCAGGCGCGCUGCGCCUCCGACGCCAUGCGCCUCCUCGGCGUGCCCCGCUACGACGUCGCCGGGAUCAGCUACGGCGGCUUCGUCGCGUACCGGAUGGCCGCCGCCGAGGCCAGGGGCGCCGUCGGCAGGGUCGUGGUCAUGACCAGCGGCGUCGCGGCCACGCCGGGGGAGAUGCGGGAGAUGGCCGCGCGGGAGGAGCGCACCGUCGAGGAGGCGCUGCUCCCGGAGACCGCCGAGGGGCUGCGCUUGCUCGUGCGGCGCUCCAUGCACCGCCCGCCGCCGUGGAUGCCGGACUUCGUCCUUGACGACUUCAUCAAGCUCAUGUGCGUGGAUCAGAGGAAGGAGAGGGCGGAGUUGCUGCUGGAACUGCUCAAGAAUGGAGCUGGCUUCGAUCCCCUCCCGGUUCUUACCCAGGAAACACUGAUCAUCUGGGGAGACAAGGACCAGGUGUUCCCCGUCGACCUCGGCCACCGGCUGCAAAGGCAUCUGGGAGGCAAUUCCAGGCUGGAGAUCGUCAAGGACGCAGGGCACGCGCUGCAGCUGGAGGGGGCCGAGCAUGUCAACAACUUCAUCAAGUCGUUCCUCCUGGACGAACGGCGAAUUGGGCCGGGCGUCGCCGUGGCCCAGAAGUAAGGCCUUUUCCUUCUUCUUCUUCUUCUUCUUCAAUUCGGAGAGGCCCAGCAGAAGCAAGGCCUGCUUCAACGAGCUCUUCCAACGCACACUACCACCAAUGGUGGAUUGGUGUCUCUCCACCACAUGCCGGAAAAUAAGGCUCGCAUCGUAUGAUCCGGAGCCCCGGACAGAAAUGUAACUGUAAUUAAAAAAAUGUAGCAGAGCAUCUAUGAUCUGCUUCGACAAACCCGCAAUCAUGCAAUGUGGGAGCUCGAAGGAAUUGUAGCAUGAUGUCUGAACUUCUGUGGCUGAAAUUCAGAGGGCUCUGUUUGCGGGGGUGCCCUGAUGCUCACAGUCUGUCCCUGUCUUUUCCUCUGGCUCAAGUGCGAGCCAUACUACUGAACUGUCCGCCCUUUUGACUUUAUGUGCGAAAUGUAUUCUUGCGAUGCUGACA